ACGUUUUGGAUUAUGCAGAGGCAUUUAGUACAUAUGAUUUUCUAAUUAAAGAAAAGUCUUUUACAGCUCGAAAUUUAACUGUUAGAAAAAUGUGGCGAGAAAAGGCAUUCGGCACCUUUGAUAUGCUUAGUACCUUAUUUGAACACGAUUUCUUAUAUACUUCUUUGUUUAACAACGCCGUAAAUUUAUAUUAUAACACUGAUACUACAUCAGAUAACAUAUAUAAGGAAUUGCCACUUCUCGAUAAGUUAUGGUACACAAAUGUUACAACGUCCUUUGUAUAUAAGUCUGUAUAUCAUACAACAGAGAUCAAAAGCAUAAUAACUUCAUACACAACACAAGUUGGUUAUCCUGUGUUACAAGUAAAACGACUCAGUGAUACACAGGUAGCAAUAUCUGUCGUAGACUGUUUUACUGUUGAUCACAAAGAGCAAAACGAACUAACUUGGUGGAUACCUUUGACUAUUACAAAAAUACAAAAUACAGAAAGUACUGUCACGUAUAAUGAUGUCCUAACACCAUACCAAAAAUAUAUUUAUUUUUCGCUUCUUAAUAAAACUGAGUUUGUCAUUGUCGCGAACUCUGCUGGAAAUCGUGUCAACUAUGACCGUGAAUCUUGGAAGCAUAUUGCUCUUUACUUAAAAAAUGUAGAUCUGAAGAUUACUUAUUUAUUUUACGUCACUUUUGCACAAGUAUUAGACGAUGCUUUUUAUUUUUUGGUGCAAACUACAGAAUAUAACGAUAAUUCUACUUCAGAUAAUAGUGAUCUAGACAUAUAUCUUGAAAUUGCAAGCAAUAUAUUUCGUGUACACAAUUCCUACAUAAUGUGGUAUCCUGUAUUUUUUGCUUUUGAAAAUAUGUCAAAGAUUUUUCCGUUUCCAGAAAGUGUUCUUUCCAGAAAUAUCAAGGAUAAACUUUUGGUAAUAUUGAAUAGGUUUCUUGAUAAUAUAUCAUAUACACAUUGGUCGGAGAAUAGUGUCAUUAAUCAAUUCUAUCAUGAAGUUUUAAAAUGGACAUGCAUUCUCGGUGGUUUAAAGUGCAAAGAAUAUGUUACUGGAAUAUUAGAAUGGCAUUUUAAAAAUUCUGCACAAAACAAACUUUUGCCAAGUUGGCAGAAAUGGAUAUAUUGCCAAGGAUUAAUGGUAGAAACUGUCACUUAUGAUAAAUCUGCUUUGUGGCAAAAAAUUUUCAACAUAUACCAGACACAAGGAAAAGAAGAAGAUUUCUUUGAAUUUUUACCUUGCUGUAAAAAAUACGAGUAUAUGUAUAAUUUGAUGUCUUUUCUUGAUCGUAAUUCGUUACCAAGACCUGGAAGUAGUUUACGUGCCAAAAUUAGUAAUACUGAAAAUAUUGUAAAUGCAAAGAAAAGUGUUACUGUUUCUUUACUUUUCACUAUUUUUGCUUUGCAUUCGAAAAAUUAUUCAGGGCUAGAUAGUAUACAAUUCGGACUAGAACUUGGAAUAGGAAGAGACGUGAACAUACUAGCAAUAAUAAAUUGUAUUAUUAACAACAUAUAUUCCGAUGACGACCUGUCGAUGAUUACUAACGAAGUGUUCUUAAAUAAACUGUCGGAUAUACAUUACGUGGUAAAUGAUCCACGUGUUCUCGAUGCCAUUACAAACAAAGGUGAAAAGCGUCGUAGUUUCCUAAGUGAAAUGCAAACUAUAAUUCGUUUUAGACCCCAGUAUGUUUUUACUUACAAUCACAUGAGGAAAAUUUUCUUUUUAUGAUGUAUUUUUUGCAUGUAAGCAAAUGAUUUUUGGUACAAGAUUUUACUUUGUAGUUAUUCACUUUUUUAUCUAUUUCCUGUUUAAAUGAGUUUUAAUUUA